AGGGCGGGGAGCAUUUUGUCACAGUUUUCACAAACACAAUUCUACUUUGAGUACAUCACCACAGACAGUACAGCGGAGACACAUUGUGAAAUUGUUGAUAAUAACUCGCACAAAAGGCGGAAGGAUUUAACUUAAACGUUUUGACCUGAAUCAGGAAGUCAAAAUAGUUUGUGUGUUGCUGAUACUAAAAUCAUAACGUCAACACUGACCCCAGUCACAGUGCAGUUGCUUUAGUCUUAACAGCACUUCGUUGUUUGUUUUAUAUGCCUGUUUCAAGUGUUUGUAUAGGGGAUGUGAUUCCCAAAGUAUAUGACUGCAACGUGUGCAUAAACUAAAAGUAAAUGCUAAGAAUUUUAUUGUAGUGAAAUUGUGUAAGAUAAUAUUUUUGCGACUAUAGUCCGUUUCAGAAAACGGGACAAACCGUGUUGACAUCAAGUUAAAAGUGCGCUUCAGAAAAUUUCGACCCAUCUAUUUUGCAUAAUUUAAAUAUUUUGAUACCUCAUUUCCAUUUGAGAUACAGAUGGCGUCGUGUGUUGUGAUUGUUGCCAUAAUUUGUGUUCUUUUUACCACUGUUGCAACCAUUGUUGCGUUUGCAACACCCAACUGGUUGGCAUUUCGUGGAACAAACGACCUUCAACUUUGUGGUUGUCUAACUUGUGACUGUGGACUGUGGCUGCGAUGUGUUUCAUCGGAUAGGAAUAUAUUAAAAGGCAAUCUCGACAACUGUGAUUGGUUUUUCACAAAUGACUUCUACAUUGAACGAGCACUGCCAGACUGGUUCAAGGCGGUGCAAGGCCUGUUGUCAUGCGCUGUGGCCAGCAGCCUGCUGUCUCUCCUGAUUGGCCUGUUCUCUCUGUGCUGUAUGUGUAAAACAUGCAACCCACACCAGGCGGCGGGAGCCUUCAUCAACUUGACAUUCUUACUGUUGGCGGUUGCGGUGUGUGUGUUCGGCGCCAAGGCACACAUUGACCACCAGGUCGAGGUGGUUGUCAAGGACAACGUCAUUGAACCUUUGUUUGGUUGGAGCUUCUGGACCGCGGUUGCUGCGGCAACCCUGGCGCUGUUGUCCAGCAUCCUGUACUUCUGUGUGGGGCGGUCCAACGAAUACCAGUACAAUUAAGUUAAUUAAUAAUUAAGAUGGAGGACGCUAAACAAGCACAAAGUCAGCUAGGUACAGGUACAUGUAACUGUGGGAAUGGUAACUGCAGGGAAUGUUUUCUUUAAAACAAUGUCACGGUUCAAUGUCUAGUCACUUGGUAGAGUGUUCGUCUGAGGUGCUGGGGUCCUACAAUUGAACUACCUUGGUGGACCCAUUCUCUAAUUUACUUUUUAUCCAUGCCAAUGAAUGCCCCACGAUUUGACAAACCAUCUAUGGGUGGCUGGUUGACUUAACCAUCUAUGUGUGGCUGGUCGACUUCGACAAACCAUCUAUGUGUGGCUGGUCGACUUCGACAAACCAUCUAUGUGUGGCUGGUUGACUUCGACAAACCAUCUAUUUGUGGCUGGUUGACUUUGACAAACCAUCUAUGGGUGGCUAGUCGACUUUGACAAACCAUCUAUGGGUGGCUAGUUGACUUUGACAAACCAUCUAUGAGUGGCUAGUCGACUUCGACAAACCAUCUAUGGGUGGCUAGUCGACUUUGACAAACCAUCUAUGGGUGGCUAGUCGACUUUGACAAACCAUCUAUGGGUGGCUAGUCGACUUUGACAAACCAUCUAUGGGUGGCUAGUCGACUUUGACAAACCAUCUAUUUGUGGCUAGUCGACUUUGACAAACCAUCUAUGGGUGGCUAGUCGACUUUGACAAACCAUCUAUUUGUGGCUAGUCGACUUUGACAAACCAUCUAUAGGUGGCUAGUCGACUUUGACAAACCAUCUAUGGGUGGCUAGUUGACUUUGACAAACCAUCUACAUGUAUGUGUGGAUAGUCGACUUUGACAAACCUACUAUUAGUGGCUAGUUGACUUUGACAAACCAUCUAUUAGUGGCUAGUCGACUUUGACAAACCAUCUAUUUGUGGCUAGUCGACUUUGACAAACCAUCUAUAGGUGGCUAGUCGACUUUGACAAACCAUCUAUAGGUGGCUAGUUGACUUUGACAAACCAUCUACAUGUAUGUGUGGAUAGUCGACUUUGACAAACCUACUAUUAGUGGCUAGUUGACUUUGACAAACCAUCUAUUAGUGGCUAGUCGACUUUGACAAACCAUCUAUGGGUGGCUGGUUGACUUUGUUGUUGUGUAGUGUACUGUAUUCACGGCUUCAGCUUAAGGCAUAUCACGUGUAUAAACUGGACUCUUGUAAUAUGUCUUUUCUCAGGGUUGAUAUUUUUUUCUUCUUUUUUUAAUAUUCUGUAAAACAUAAAAUAUUAAUUGGUGAAAAAUGAAUAUCUAAAGAGCCCGUAAUAGCUGAUACUGGUGAUUUUGUUUUGACAAACUGCUAAUUGAUGGGGAAGAGGGUUGUAUUCGUAUCUGAUAACACUAUUAAUCAAGGGAGAAUUGUGUGCAUGUACUUAACAUUUUUACUUAAAUAUGCUUUUUUUUAAAGUUGACUAUUACAGUGUCCUACUCCAAUACACUAUGAAAAGCAAAUUUUAACUAGUUAUAUUUAAUUAAUAAUAUUGUUGACAUAAUAAAUUUCAGUCUUCAUCAGGAAGGCCAGUGAUCACUCCCACCCCUCUUUACACCUGUUUGUUUUAGGAGAGUGGCACCUUGGUUGCAUUGCAAUAAAAUAUUUUACUAAAUUUUGUUUAAAAUUUCACGUGACUGUUCACCAAACACCAUUUCAUGGGAGUGAUCUUAAGCUUGCCUUAAUUCUGCUCAUGGUGAAGUCUGAAUUUUAUUUGGUUAUGUAAGUUCAUAAGUUCAAAUAUGCCAGAUUUAUGCUGUUUGGUUUAAAAUUAUUAUGUGUGCAGGGAUAUAUUUUUUCAGCCAUUUUUUUUUUCAAUUUUUUUUCCCCAUAAAAUAAUGUUUACAGAAUUUUUUUAAUGUUUAAUGUUUACAGAAGUAAACAUAAUUUGAUGUGAAUUGCUGAAACAAAUAACCUAUUUUAGUGUGGUAUAAAGAUUUUCAGCAGUUUGUAGAUCAUUUUAAUUUUUAUUUUCCAAUAAUGUAAGUAGUUCUGAUAUGGUGUACUGGUAAAAUAGAUAUAUGUACAUAUAUUUCAAUAGAUGUACUUUCUAGUCCAUUAUUAUUAGAAUAUUAUAGCUGAUAAUAUCACCUGUGUUUUAUUUAUUGUCCUGAUGUCUUUGAUGAUACCUGUACAUGGUCUGUCCUUAAACACAAAGGUAUUAAUUGUACCAUGGUCGCAGCAAGGGUUAUGUAAUAUACAAAAUAACACAGCACAUACUGUGGAAAAAGUACAUAUAUAUACAUACUUACGUAUUUACGUACAUACGUACGUACGUAUGUAUGUAUGUACAUGUGUGUGUGUGUGUGUGUAUAAAUCAUAUCAUGAACAAACUAGAAUCCUGUCAAAACCGGCCAAGAUUAUAUGAUUAUAUAUACAUGGGUUGUGUUUUACAAUUGAGAAAAAUAUAAAGAGUUCUAUAACAAAAUACGACAUUGUGGUUUUGCUGCAAUUUGACUUAGCUUAAAUUACAGGAAGCACAGUUUUUAACAUCCUGUCCAAUGAGCAUAGAUUGCAUUUUGAUGGAAACUUUAUUGUAGUGUUAUUGAGUAUUAUAUUCACCUCUACAAAAUCUGGAAAUUGGUGUAUAUCACGUUUUAAAGAGGAUCUAUUCAUAUACCGUCUGUUAAAAAGGUUCUUAAAGCCAUGACAAAAACAAGUUCUGUUUAACAAUGGACUAAGUAGCCAUCCCGGGAACCUAAUAUUUAUCUGGUGUUUAGGGGGUCAUGUUUUAAAAUUGAAAAAAAUCAGGACCAUGCAUGAAACUUGGCUGGUUUUGACAGGAUUCUGGUUUGUUCAGGGUCAGAUUUAGACAGGUUUCAAUACAUAUACAUAUGUGUAUAUAUAUAUAUACUCAACAACAAAAGUUUAGCUAAUGUUAAAAGAAAUGGC